AUGACAUUCAUUCCGGGGACCUGGGGCCCCCUUGCCCAUGUAGGCAGAGCUCUCAGCCCACGCUGCUUCAGCACCACUGGGAGCCUCAGUGCCAUUCAGAAGAUGACCCGAGUGCGUGUAGUGGACAACAGCGCCCUCGGGAACACCACAUACCACCGCCCUCCUCGCUGCGUCCACGUCUAUACCAAGAAUGGGGUGGGCAGAGUGGGUGACCAAAUACUGCUGGCCAUCAAGGGACAGAAGAAAAAGGCCCUCAUUGUGGGGCAUCGCAUGCCUGGUGCCCGAAUGACCCCCAGGUUUGACUCCAACAACGUGGUCCUCAUUGAGGACAAUGGGAACCCUGUGGGGACCCGAAUUAAGACUCCGAUCCCCAUAAGUCUGCGCCAGAAGGAGGGCGAGUAUUCCAAGGUGCUGGCCAUUGCUCAGAACUUUGUGUGA